UGGAUCCCCGGGAAGAAUGAGAGUGUCUUCUCUGCCCUGGACUUCUCUCUUCCACACAAUGAGUACAUGUUCCUGGAGUUGAAGGAAAAGUUCAGUAACUACUUCUCAAAGGUCUGGAAGGUGGAGGCGCGCAAAAGGGGUAUGAUAUCCAAGGCUUCCUUUAUCAUCUUCUUCAGAGUGCAGUUCUACGUGGAAGACGGGAGGGCGAUCAGUGACAAGACAGCCCGACACCUGUACUACUGCCACCUGAAGGAGCAGGUCCUGAGGUCCAGGUGCAUGCACAGAGAAGAGGCCUACUUUCUGCUGGCUGCCUGUGGGCUGCAGGCUGACCUGGAAAACCAUCAGGAGACAGUCCAUGUGGGCAAGUACUUCGAGCCCCACACCUACUUCUCUCAGUGGAUUAUCAACAACAGGGGACCUGACUACAUCCUCAGGCAUGUGCCUCGCAUGCACUGUGAACAGCGGGGCGUGAGCCCCAAGGAGGCCAUACUCCGCUUCGUCAGGGAUACCUGCCGACUUGAGGGCAUCCUUGUCCACUUCUUCAGGCUGUACAAGGAAAAGAAGGAUGAUCACCCUACCAUCCUCCUGGGACUCAUUCUGCAAGGAGUGCACAUCUAUCGGGAGGUGGACCACACCCAUGUGCCACAGCCGCUCUUCCACUUCCCCUGGUCACAUAUUUAGAAGGUGACAUUUCUGGGGAAGAAGCUGGAAAUCCAACCAGAAGGGCUGCCCACAACACAGAAGCUGCUGUUCUACACGGACUAUGCCUGGCGCUCCCGCUACCUGCUGCGACUGUUUCACGCCACACACCAGCUGCACCUCAGCUUGCGGCCUGUGCUGCAGUGUCUCCAACAGCUGGAGGAGGCAGAAGAGAAGAAGUGCUACUGGGAAUCCUACAUCACUGGCCCACUGGAGUUAGACCUGGACCCACGCCACAGGAAUUACCUGGACAAUGAAGACAACAGGGGCAGCAGACAGCGUCCCUUCCUCUUCCACGCAGCAGGCACCGACCCCAACGCCCAGCGUGGGGCGUGUGAGAUGUCCGUGGAUGAGCCCACGGGGACUGAGAGUCUCUGUGGGACGGCGCCAUCCAGGAGUUCCUGGAGCAGCUGCAGCAGCCAUGACACCUGCACCAACAGCGGAGCAUCUCCCCGGAGCCCCUCUCAGGCAUGUGAGUCAUGCUGAUCAGGACACGGGGGCCAGAGAACUGAGGCCAUACCCCAGGUCAGGUCUCCUCCUGGCUUCUGCUCCCUGCUCACCUAGAUUUCCAAAUAGUCCUCUGGGCCCUGAAGAGGCCUCUAUGGACAGCCCUGGAGGUACAGUCGGGUUCUUGGGAACAGUGGAUUUGACGGUGACUCUCCGCUUUGGUCUCAGAGCCUAAAUGAGAAGGCUUGCUUUGUGGCACCCUCAAGCAGCAGAACGCGCACCUUUCAUCAACCUCUAUCUGGCAGGUUCUAAAGAGCUGUGAUCAGCGCCCCUAGUCCUAAGACCCUGAGUUCCUACCACCCUAAGGCACCAGAUACUAAACCAGAGGCCCUGUAGAACCUCAGCAGAGGACAAUGUGGGCUCCGUGCUUCUGGACUGGCACUGAGCUGGCAUGCAGGCCCCUGCCAAACAUCCCCCGGGGGGGAAAGGAGAUCAGGAUAUUGCUGACCAGCAAGUGUGUAGACACUGGACUCACACAGAGUUAGGCAGUACUAGAAACGGGGAGGAGAGAGCCUGAGAGAGCUGUCACAGCAGAGUCUAGGCUUGGGAUAGAGCCAGCUUGCUUAAUAGAGGAGUUUACACCCUCCCAAAGCACCCUGAGGCUCUCGGCUAGAGGGCUUUUACUCUGGAGGACCAAAGAACAAAAAACAACAAAAAACAAGGAAGCCCACUUCCAAGAGUCCUGCAGACAACAGAUCCUGUGUGUAGCUCUCCCACCUCUGCAUGUGGCAGGGUCCUCCAGGCAGAUCCAACAGAAGCAUCACUGCAGUGUGGGGGCUACUCUUAGCUGAUGGGACCCACACAGUCUGUGGACAAGUGUGCUUAAGUGGAAGAUGGCCAUCCUUGGGAUCACAGGCACUCUCGGGGAUGGUGUGGUGACCAUACCCAGAUCAAUUCCUCAAAGACAUCAAGUAGUGAGACUUCAAGUUCAGAAAGCUGGGGAAGGAAGCCCAGGCAUGGAGCCCCCAAGGAACUCCUAGAAUACAUCAGAGCAACACAAGAGCCCACAGCCCAGACUAGGCACCAUUAUCAGGGCGAUAAAACCAGAUCAGGGUUAUGGAGCUGUUGCAAGCUGGGUGGUCAGAGGAAGCAGGAUGAGGCAGCUUAGAGGGCACUGUUUCAUAAGCCCUGAGACAGAGCACACAACAAGAUGGCCUGUCAGGUCCAGGACAGAUUGGCGAGGCUAGAAUCAGAAUGGUCUGGGAGGAGCAGGGGUCCUGGAACACAAAAGGCACCAGUCAUCAGGAUGAGAACUACCAACACUGCUGUAUCUCUCUGUAGGCUGUGGAGGUGGGGGCUGACCCAGGGGUGACAAGGACCUGCACAGCCUGGACCAUGUGUGUCUGCACCAGUCUUCCCAACACCUUCUGAGUACCUGGGGCUGUGCACUGCUGCAGCUGACGGUGCCCGGAGGCUGGGGCUCCUCUCAAUGGCAAGAAGUUCCUAAACUACCUCUCGCUGAACUGGCCUGGUGAAGACUCACCCCUGCAGCAGCCUGUGGUACAGACAAGAGUUACCCAGCAUUCCUGUUUGUGCCUGUCAGCCUUGAAGGUGACUUGCUGGCAUCCAGCACCACCAGCCUUUGACCAGGUCUGGGCAAGGCAGUCCCUGGCCCUCAACCCUUUCUGCCCACAUAUCGAUCACCUAUUCUUUGCCUGCUCACCUGUAGGAGGAUGGAGCCAGCUCUGACCUUAGCCUAGAGGUAGGGGUGGGCUCUGUUCUUCCUGUCUCUCACCAGGCCCUGGCCUAAGCAUCUGAGAGAACCAGGAGUGAACAUUAGCCCUGAAGCUUUUGGGCUCUAGUCUGUGCGAGGUGUCAUAGCAGGACAUAGGCAUUAGAGGGAGCCCCAGGACUGCCAAGUCAGCCUAGGCUGGCCAGGCUUUUCCAUCAGGACUCUCAGUGCUACACCAAACACAGAGGCCUCUCAUACAGUGUGUGGCUCUGCAGCACCAAACACAGGGGCUUCUCUUGCAGUGUGUGGUUCCCUGCAAGAGAACCACAGAGACACAGAGACACAGAGACCCCUGCAAACAAAACACCUUCAGAUGCAAUGAAUUCUUUUCCUGUAAGAACCCCUUACCCUCUCCUCAGGCCUCCUCCACCUGGACAUGACAGUGUCACCAGGACAGUGGGGUAGGGCUAUUUGGGGGUCUCCUCCACCUCCUCACCACAGCCAGAGAGGUGCAGGAGCUGGUGAGCAGGAGUAAUCCAUGGGCUCUGGGAAGACCCUGGAGUGUGGUGGGUUAUCAAUCCACAGAUCCCUCAGGACUCUUCCUGCCCCAGGUCCAAAGAAGAACCUGAUGCCACUUUAUUUGGACAAGAGGGGACUUGUGUGUCACUGGUAGUCACAAGUUCUUGGUAGUUGUGCCCAACACUGGGCGUCCUGGUGUUAGGGCCACAUCUGGGCUCCCUUCUAACCCCCACAUUUGUCAGAGUGGGGCACGAGUCUGGCCGGCUGGGUAGGGCUGCACUUCUUCACCUAGGCCUCUCUUCCCUGCGCAUCCUGAGCCCAGGCAGAGAGUGUGAAGCUGUGCCAACCAGCCAGGACUGCGGCUGAGGUAUGACUCACACAGGGGAGCUGAUUGAACUAAGGGUCCAUUCCCUGAUUGGUGUGAUAAGAGCAGAUUGGGAAUUGUGGACAGGACGGGGCAGCCAAGGCUGACUCAGGCUCUCUGAAGACCAGCAUACCCCAUUGGCACAAAGUGGGGUUAACUAACCCUGACUGAGAGGCAUACUAUCUUCCAUUAGAGAAUCUUUGAGAACAGAAAACCCCAGUGUCAGCAGAGGUCUGUGCCAGCUGUGGGUGCUAGGCAUGGGGCAGGGCUGAUUUCAGGACAUGCCCCCCACCCAGCCCCACAGGUACACAUGCACACACACACACACACACACACACCUCAUUCGGGAACAGGAAUGCAGACAGACAGUGAUUUCCAUGACAUGAAGCUAUCUCAGGGAGUCAGGAAUGUGUCCAGCUGCCCUGCCUUAGUGUCCCCUUACCACAUAUGCCCCUAGAGAGUGUCAGCCAGAGGUAGAAACUCCCCUCUCUGGUGUCCCUAUCCCUCAAGCUCAUAUGAGGUCACUCUGAUCCUCCAUGUCCUUGCCUGGCCCCAGCAGAUCACCUGGCCCUGGAGUUCCUAAGUGACCCCAAGGAAUAAAAUAGCCUGCCGUUCAUUUUUA